UUAAAACCAGCACUACCCUAUCUCUAUGGCAGCAGCACCACCACUUUCGCCAACUCUUUACUUAGACCAUAAACAACACCAACACUUCCAUAAUCCCACCAAAGCUCUUCCCUUUCCUUCCUCUAGAAAGAACCCUCUUCUUUCUCUUCAAAGACUCCACCUUUUCAAUUGCAGAUGCUCUCUCCCUUCUUCUUCCUCCACCACCACCACCAACUCCGUCACUCCACCUCACUACUCCUCCUUCCACGACGACCCGUUUAGGGGAACCCGUUUUUUAUCCAAUGAGGAGCUCGAAAAUCUCAAGGCCCUGGAGUGUUUCGUUUACCUCCAGGAUUUGGAAUCUGGGUCGUUGUCGGUUCGGGUAAUGAGGACGGAUGAGAUGGAUUUGACCGCCGAGUUGUUGGCCGAGUCAUUCGCCGAGUCAAUGUUGAUGCCUUUGGGGUAUGGAGUUUUGAUGAGGUUUUUGGUGAAACAGUAUUUGAUGGAGAGGAGAGCUGUGAUGCCACACGCUGUCACUUUGGUAGGGUAUUUUAACGGAGAAAAGGGAAAUGAACUUGCCGGCACUGUUGAAGUUUGCUUUGAUGAAAGGGGUGCUAAUGCUUCUCCACCCACACCUCUGCCUCCCAACAGUUCACCCUAUAUCUGUAACAUGACUGUCACAAAGCACCUUAGAAGGAGGGGCAUUGGUUGGCAUCUUCUCAAGGCGAGUGAGGAACUGAUAUCUGAAAUGGCUUCUUCGAAAGAGGUGUACUUGCAUUGCAGAAUGAUUGACGAGGCUCCAUUCAACAUGUACCUGAAAGCAGGUUACGAGGUUGUCCGGACGGACAAUAUCUUCAUCCUGUUCACAUUACAGAGACGUAAGCACUUGAUGCGCAAGAAACUUCCUGGUUGCAACAGUUUCCCGGAGUCGGAUUCCGAUGAUGAACUCGAGUCGUAAACGGAUUUAGUUGAAAUCAUACUGUAACUUUGUAAUAUUUUGAGCUACACGCAAUAAUAACCCCUUCC